AUGCAAAUUACGCAACGUAGCUUUAUUGAUGUUCCAAAGAAAGGAGCCCGGAAAAGUCGUCAAACGUAAGUAUCCAUUGCCUUGAAAAUGAACAGUUUAGUUUUUUUAAAAAGCACUUUCAUGCAUGCGUGCACAUAAGGAUUUGCUUGGCGAUAAUAACAAAUAAUUUCAUCAGCUUUCGUUGAAAACAAAAAUGCGCAUUAUCUGGGUUGGCUUGAAUCUUUGGGUAACGGUGAAACAAGGUUUUGUUGUUCUGUCAGCUUAAAAAGCAGUUUAACUGCUGUUUGCCUGUUGUUGCGAUAAAUGCCAUUAUUUAAAGCAGUGAGCAAUUAAAUUCUAUGGGUGUGCCAUGCCUGACCAAACCAAUCUGUGCUCAACGAACGGUUCUAGUGAUGGCACGAAAAGGCGGAGGAAGUGCGCACCGACUGAAUAAAUAAUAAUUUUAAGUUUACAGUUUAUUUCUUUGAGAGUUUAAGGUCAAUUUUUGUUAACGAAUUUUGAAAAUAUUUUGGUAUUUUAGACUAAAUCCUAGAGUCCCUUGGUCGCUCUGCGUUAUAAAUGACAAAAGAGAAGAGGCGAAAUGUCCCGAUCAAUUUACUGCGAUUUUACAAUUUGUUUUGUUAUUCUCUAUUUACUGAAACUACCUCAGCUUUGCGCUCUCCUCUGCAAGAGUGUUUGAACGGUAAUUAGAGGAACGUUUUAACUUAGCAAUUCAAAAUAAAAGGUAAUCAAACUGUAAAAAUUAAGACUUAAAAUGCGUUUUUUCUUGUGAUCAUGUAAGUAACUCGCUCUGGAAAAUGAUGUUACACUUUAUUGAUGGAUUCCCUUUGAUAACAACACGUAUUUGCCUUACGUAUGACUUCAAUAUUUAUGUAAUGUCUAUAUAACAAGAAGACCCGUCUGUAUAUGUAGCGGAAUCUGGGGUAGCUUACAAGGGGCGCGAUAUUUUUUUGGUGAGUGUGUAGGUUGGGGGAGGACUGAAAGAAGGGGAAAAUCCCCAGCAACAAACAAAAAAUGAGUCCAAAAAAGCAAAAAAAGAGGGGAGGAGAGAAGGCGAAAAGAAAAAGUCAACACUGCUGUGUCACUUUUAAAGCAAAACCCAAAUUUUGCGUUCAGCGUAUGCCCGAACGUCGAGGGGUGAAUAUAAUUGUGACACUCCACCGGAAUUUGAUGCUAAAGGUGAAAGCACGCGCACGACACGAUUAGCGUGCCGUAGAUCAGGGAUAUGCGCAUAUUAAAUUGAAAAAACAAAGACGGACACACUUGCCUUUGUUUUGGCAAAUUUAACACGCUAGACCUUUUGUUUUUUUGUAGCGUGCCAUAUGUCACGGUAAGUGUGCGAAUUAUAGCACGGUUAGCGUGCAAUUUGGGUAAGACACGCUGAACACGCUUGAUUACUAAAACCGCUAAGAUGGUAAAAAUGGCUUGGGUUUUCAGUGGAUUUAAUCAGCAUUGAUAACUGGUCGAAGUGAAUCAAAUAUACCAAUUUAGACUGUUUGGGAAUUUGAUGGUAACCGUGGCCAUUUGAAAAUCACGACUUAAUGGUGGUCUAGCCUGGAAUUAACGCGCGAUCAGUGUAAACCAAUUCCUCCGGCUGUCGGCUAUUGACCGGAAUCGCAAAGAGGCCUGCUAUCGCAUGCGAGGCACUGAAGUUAUGUCGCCUGAAAAUUAUAGUUAGGGCACCGGAAUAUUUAUUAGCAGUAAUGCACAGAGAAAUGAAGUUGAAUAAAUUAGUUUAAUAUAUUUCUUUAAGCCAUGCUGAGACGAACGAACGUAAUUAAAUCGGAGAAACAAAAACUGCCUACAAUUUUCUAUAGGUUGAGGAAGGCUAAACAUUUCUAGAUGACCGUUCCAUGCAUGUACAAUUUUCGAAGGUUAUCUAAUAAAUUCCUUACAAUUUUCUGAAGUUUAAUUUUUUCCAUUUCAUUCCCCAGUUAAGCUAUUUUUCGUAAGAAUUAAGGAAUCCUAAAAUUUUCGGAACCGAAAAUACGAUAAAAUUCUCACUUUCCUAAAACUUUCAAUUGGAAGCUAAAUUUUUCGGGAAAAUAAUGCUGAAGCCCUUGUAAUUUCGAAAAGACUGAAGUUGUCCUAGGAUGCUAGGAUGCAUUUAGGAGGAAAUCGCCGUCAGGUGCCCCUGACGAACGAAGCGCUAUCAAUCAUAAUUUAUGUGAAGAUAUCUCGUUACGCUAUGCUAAGGCAUUUAAAAGACGCAGUAAACUAGCGCGACAUAAAAGAAUUAUUUUCGCGCCGCUUAAAUAAUAAUCUGCUACACAGCCGUUUUCAGUGGAAGGAGCGUCUAAAACGGCCGUGUAGCAGACUAUUUAAGACACUUAAAUAAUUGUAGGGCGUAACACCGGCUGAUGGCGCUAGUGAUUGAUCACUACGAUUCUUGCAAUCGCUAAAAAAUAAAUACAAUUUAGCGAUCCUGGCACUUGAUGAUUUCUAUUAUAUUUGACCGCGAUUGCUGCGAUCGGCAAGAAAGUGUCUUAAGUCCGAAAGAUCACUGUUUCUGCGAAAAUUGCAAAUGUGUUUUAAAUUAAGGAAAAUUAAGAUAACCUUUGCACAGCUUCGUCAGUAAACAUUUCUGGAAAGAACUUUGAUUUUGCAAUGCUAAUAUAAUUCUACCCAUAAAUCCAGUAGGUCACACCGUUCACUGAUAAAACUUUUCAAGCGACAUUUUUUCAAUCAGAUAUUAUCGUUGCGAUCACUGAGGUAUAACUUUUUCUUUUCUUCUUCUUUCAUUUAAGGUUCCUUUUUGUAGAGGAAAUUUAUUUAGCUCAUAGAUAACACGCCUUGCGUGCUUUUGCGCACACUGAAAGCGUGUUGUGCUUUUUCGCACGGAGCUUUUGUUUGAAAACUUUAACACGCUCUUUUGUUCGACUUGCUCACGCUAAAUUGUCUCAAGCGUGUCCUCUGAAACAAAAGAAAUUGCUAAUGAGGCAAGAUUGCAAGCGUGCUAAAGCGUGUUAAAAUAAAUUCUUUUGUUUUAAAGUGAAAGCGUGUCGUGCGCGUGCUUUCAGCUUUAGCAUUAAAAUCCUGUGGAGGGUCACAUAGGAAACAGAAGGCCGUAAAGUGUACGACCUGUAAACGGCUUUGUGGUAAGUUUUAGCUCUUUCCUUCUUUUACUACUUUACAGUUUUAGCUCUCUUUCGAUACCUUGAGAAAUUGUUAGAUUUGGGGAGCUUCCUGUUUUUUUUUUUUUAUUAUUUCAGCAAGUAAUGAAAUGCAGCCUUGAGACAUAUUUUCCCAAGUUCAGUUGUACCUGCGUCCUUCGGUUCUCAGUAAACUACAGAAUUUCCAGUUUUGAACAAAUGAAUUGAUAGCUUUGUAUUCCAAACACUCCUAAUCUCUCUUGGCAGUUUUUUAGACAUUUUUCCCGUUUUUCCACUUCGUAGAUGAAUAAUCGUUAUUUUAAUAAACAUUAUGUAAACCUAAAUAAAAUAUGCUUUUAUCAAUGUAAACUGGGAUGAUAUUAUAAUCUUGUGGAGGAACAUCACGACUAAGAGCUAGAAGAUUGAUUAAAUUUAGUGAAAAUAGCGUGCAAGCUAGGAAGCUAAAUGAACCAGUUGAUUUUCUUUGUUAGCUUCUUGAACUAUUUAGGUUCUAGGUAGCAGGUAAAUGAUCGAAAGAAAUACAAGGGGGUAAAAGGAAACAAGCAAGAAUUUAUUUUCACAUGUUGCGUGAUCAGCAGCAUGAAGAAAAAUUAAUUCAUUUGCUGUUUUGACAGCAGAUAACGUAUAAGUUUCUUCGGAAAUACAGACGCACUUUGAUUUUUUUAAAGAAGUUGGAAGGUCUUUCCAAAUAUCGGUAGCCAUCGGAGGAGAUUGAUUGUUUGCCUUCAUUGUGUACAUUAGUUCGUGCGAAAUUAAGAUGUGGAAAUUAAGAUGUGUGUCACGUACCAUUCAUGACCUCUCAGUAUGAAACAAACCUUUGAUCGACACAUGUCAAUAUUGUUCGACUAGCCGAGCCAAUCAGGUUCUCGUUUCAUUUCUCGCGCGGUCAAAACCGAAAGUCCCCUUUUGCUCCGAAACCAAACGGAAACGCUUGCUACGCAGGCUAUAAUUUAUACUGAAAUUCGCGAGUCUUUGUAUCCAAGGCAACACGAUAUGGCAAGCUAUAGAUUUUUUUUCCAAUUCAAAGUAUCAUUAACAAAAUUAGCAUCAAACUUUAGUUUAGCAGUUGGUGGAGUGACGAUUCUGUUUCGAAGUUCUUUAUAAACAAUUUUCGAAUACGCUUUUUCAAGUAAAACAAUUUGACCACUUAAGCGUAACUUAAUCUCAUCACGCAAAAUGAAUGGUGUGUCACCUGUGGAGAUGCAGGAUUUCAACGAUUCACGCCAUUGAGUUGGUAGAGCGUCUAUUAAAGAGACAAGCCUAAAGGCACCCAACGGUGAAAGGUUCAAGACUCUCAACUGAUAAGUGCAGAGCGUUUAACGUUAUCCUUUCCUUUCCAUAUAAAAUCAAAGACAAUUUUGUUCGCUUCUUUCACAAAUUCUUUAUCCAAUGAUAUCAAGCUCGUGCGAUAUAAGAAGAUAGGGAUAAUAAAGGUUUUAACAAUUUGAAUUCUCCCUAUGAUAGUCAAAUCCCUCCACCUCCAGAUCGUAGCUUAAGUUGAAUGGAGCUGAUUAAUUCAUUGAUGUUUAGCUUUUGUUUUGCGUGAAUGUCAUAGGUAAAAUGUACUCCUAAGAUUUUAGCUGAUCGUUUAAUUUUUAUGUUGUUCAGAGCGGCUUCUUGUACGGUACAGGCCAGGUUACCUAGCAGCAAAAGCUCUGUCUUUUCGUGGUUAACCUUUAGGCCAGAGCAAGUUUGUUAGAGAGAGGUCAUUCUUUAAAAACCCAGUCAGGUCAUCUGCGAAAAGACUUACUUUGAUCUCUUCAUUAUCGACUUUAAUACCACGAAUGUCAUUACUAUUACGUAUAUUAACACAUAAAACUUCUAAUGCUAUAAUAAAUAAGUAAGCAGGGAGAGGGUCUCCCUGUCUUACUCCUCUUUCAACUGCAAAGGAUGAAGUUGCAAAGCCAUUAUUUAAGACACAACUCGAGACAUUCUUGUAAAAAGUGUGGAUCCAUUGAAUAAAAGAUGGUCCAAAACCAAAAACGGAUAAAGUUCGAAAUAAGAAGUCUCUACUAACUGUGUCAAAAGCCUUUUUGAAAUCUAUACAAACGAUUCUUCCGUCAAUACUGUCCUCCAUAACGUCCUCUAUGGUUCUCACCGCGUCAAAAAUGGUUCUACCUUUCACAUAUGCAGAUUGAUUGAAAUGUAUGAUGUUUGGUAAAACAUUCUCCAAUCUCUUGGCAAUGGCUUUUGAACCGAUUUUAACAUCAACAUUAAUAAGCGAAAUAGGUCUCCAGUUUGAUAAGUCCCUUUUGUCUUUGUCCUCCUUUUCUAUUACGGUAAUAAUAGCUUCUUUCUGAGAGUUUGAGAGCUCACCAUGACCAUAAGAGUAGUUUAAGCUGUCUACUAAUAGCUGUCCUAAGAGGCCCCAAAAAGCCCUGUAAAAUUCAACUGUUAGUCCUUCAUUGCCUGGUGACUUGUUACUUUCAAACAGCUGAAGACUUUUGUAACACUCUUCAACAGUUAAUUUUCCCUCGCAAAUUUGAACUUCAGUAUCAGAGUUUUGGCAUUUCAGGAUUAUUUAAAAAAGAGUUUAACGUGUGUUCAGAUGGGCUAAGAGGGUCACGCUCACAAAGAUUAGAAUAAAAAUUUUGAAUUUCUUGCAAUAUUUUUUUAGGAUCCGUGAUUAGAACUCCAUUAUCGUCAAACACCUUACGGACAGAACUCUUAGCUUUCUUAUGUGUUUCGAGGUUUAAAAAGAACUUAUUGCUUUUUCCUCCUUUUCAUACCAAGUGGCUUUCGAUCGGAUUAUAGCUCCUUUUGCUAUCUGUUCAUAGAUAGAAUCAUAUUCCAUUUUUAACAAUUCAAACUCGUCCUGGACGGUGGUUCUCAGGAGUUGGUGAACUACCGCAUCUCUCUUCCGAAAUCUUCAAAGAAGUCUCAAUAUCAGAGAUCUUUCUUCUCCUUUCACGUGCUUUUUCUUUGCUGUACUUUAUUGUAAUUUGUCUAAUCCUGUACUUAAUUAAAUCCCACAACAGCCUUUUAUCUAUAACGUCUUUGAACUCCUCUAACCGCAAAGGCACACUUUCAUUUAUCAGUGCAACAAAGUCGUCGUCAUUCAAAAGGCUAGCAUUAAACUUCCAGAAAGAGGGGCCAUGUUUUGGUUUGUCUAUGCUGUUAAAAUGGAGAAAAAUUGCCGAAUGGUCUGAAUUUAUCGAAGGAAUGAUAUCGGACUUCUCAAUGUCGUCAUUAUAAAUAGUUCUUUAUCAGACUGGAUUGCUGGUAGCUUCUAGUUUAUUUUGAUUCCAGAAUUCCGAGUUAGAAGUUAACUCUUAAUUUCUUUAAUAUUAGGAUUUUAGUACACCGUAACACCAUUAUUUUGGUAUUACACUGCGGCACGGUACGGCACGGUCGGUACAGCCGGUAUAAUCUCUACAACCGUUCUUCUAGUAUACCUGCUGAAAGCAAUAGCUAUUGAUGAAGGAGGAUUCUUUGAGUUCCUUGAGUUCAUACACCAAGGCACACUACAUUUGUUCAGAUGAUAUUGAAGAUACACGCAAAACUUAAAAACCAAGGAAGAGAGGCCAACAAGUUGGUUAGCUAUUAGAACUAUCAACAAGAGUCUUAGACUGGUAGGAAGUUAUUCACCGGCUGAGAGGUAUUUAUUGGGAGAAACUAUGCCCGGGGUCUUCUUACUUUUUCCUACUGAGAUUUAAAAGUUACAGGAAAAUUUUACUUCAGCCUCCAACCUAUGUGUGUUGAAGAAGGGCGCGUUCGUGUUGAUGUUAUUCAAAGCGCGCGAUCGAUUGCAAACCAAGACAAAACAUUCCAACAUGACUUUUAACUUGUAAUUUAUAUUAUCACAAUUAAGCUCUUUUUAGAAUAAGGAGAGGUUUUUGUGUCUUGGUAGGGCGUCGAUAAAACCCGGAACACGGAACAUGCCGGAACAUCCCGGAAUAUCCCGGAACAUGAGAAAAUAAAAGUAAUUUUCAUGAAAAAAAAAAAAAAAUAAUAAUAAUAAAAUAAUUUUUGUAAAAAUUAAUAAUAACAAAAUAACAUAAAAUAACAAAAAAAGGAAAGAAAAGAAAAAUAAUGAAAUAAUUAAGAAAAAGAAACUUGUAUCAUCUCCAAGUAUGAGAAAACAGUAUUUUGUCGCAAUUAAUUUGUUGGGCGAGUAAGGGUCCAUGCAAAUGACAGUAAUGAGUGAAGGCCUGCUUCAAAAUUCAAACUAUAAUAAAAUGGGUCGCGAGGAGGGGGGUUUUCAAGUUUUCCUCUUGUAAUUGUUUGCCAUGAGUUAAUCAUUGAAAGGGAGGUUAUCCAUUUACGGCUCUGCGAUGGUCUGAAAUGUCGGUGCAGUAUUUCAUGUCAAGCCAAGUCGGUAAGUAACUCAUGUCAAGCCAACUUACAUUUGCUUACUUGAGGUGCUUUGCUUUCUUGAGGUUGACAUAAACUACUUACAGAUUGAAAAUAUAUAAUUUUUUAAUAUUUCUUCCAGUGCAACCCUAAAAGAGACCUUUACCUCAAAAUAUAAUGGUGUUUUGCCCAGAACACCCUAAGCGAGACCAAAAUCUGAAAUGUACACCCCUAAGCGAGACUACCAGCAUCCCCGCACCUUUCAUAUGGGAGUUCCCUCCCUCCCCCCCGGUAUUACGGUCUCUGUUUGUUACGUGUCCUGGUCAAAGGUGAAUAGAAAGGAAAGGAGCCGUCCGUCUUUGUUUGUUUGUUUUGUGUUCCAUCUUGCUAAAUAUAUCAGUCUAAGAGCAUUUGGUUCCGUCGUGUCAGCGUCAUGCCUGGAGUCUAAAACGGGCCUAGGAAGUCUGUGAGGAUCUCCAUGAUCACGAGAAUCACAACCGGCCCCUCCAUAAAAGUUCUAGUUCCAUUAUACCCAAAUCACUUUGACAGCGGCGAUCGUCAUCUUCAACUUGGCAGAAGAAAAUAGGGGGCUGUCAUCUAGCUUGAAUUUCAGCCAUCUCCUCGAGUCGCAAACUUCACUUGCGACUCCAAAGCGACGAUCCCCUAAGCUUUUCUUACGGUCCCGAAGCUGUAAAUGGAUUACCGUUAAACCGCAUGGCAAACAAUUACAAGAGGUGGCUCUUUGAGGAAAGCUUGAAAACCUCCCUCCUCGGGACCCUUUUUAAUAUAUUUUGAAUUUAGAAGCAAGGCCCUCACUCAUUACUGUCAUUUGCAUGGACCCUCACUUGCCCAACAAAUUAUUUGCGACAAAAUAUUGUUUUCUCAUACUCGGAGAUGAUACGAGUUUCUUUUUCUUUAUUUCCUUAUUUUUCCUUUUUUAUCUUUUUUUUUUUUAUCUUACGUUAUUGUUAAUUUUUACAAAAAUGAUUUUAUUAUUAUUAUUUAUUUCAUUUUAUUUUCACGAAAAUUACUUUUAUGUUUUCAUGUUCCGGGAUGUUUCGGCAUGUUCCGGAAUGUUCCGUGUUCCGGCUUUUAUCGACGCCCGGCUGCAAAGGAGACUAGACCAUUUGCAGUGCCUUGUAAAAAGGACGUGUUGGAGUGACUACGUGUCCCACGUUGACCUUUAGCUGUCAUUUUUUAUCAUCACGCAAAAAAAGAUGGUAACAUUGCCAGAGUGUUGAUAAUUCUUCAUCAUUUGACGAAAUUGCACGCAUUCAUGGGAAAGGUUAAAAAUACGUUAAGAAACAUCGAGAAACAUUGCAAUGCAUUUUAAAGAAUUCAAAUCCGUUAAAAAUGCAUUUUACUCUUCAGCAGUUGUCACACGCGCUUCUCAAGCGCAAAUUUUUAGUGGAGCUUGCUUUAGCAGAGCGAGACUAAAAAUACAGGCGUUUCUGUUUUUUUUUUUGUCUGAGACCUAGUUUGUAGGACACGCGUUCCUGGCGAAGACCGUGGAAACUGGGGAUAAGAAUCGUGAUGAUUUUCAAUGUAUGCAAAUGAGUCUUGUGAUAAGCAUGCGGUUUAUUUUCAGCGAUGACUGAAAUGACGCAUGUAAGUUUUGCAAUGACGUAAUUUCCCCGAAUCGAGGCCCUUGCUUUUCGAGUAAUUAUGCACGACAUGAACGCGUAUUAAAAAGUAAAUACCGCGAAGGAUGAGAAAAUAUUAUAGCGGGGAAAUCCUGUUUAUGGUAUAUUGAGGCGUUACGUUUCUCAGAAUAUUGACGCAAUUACUGGAACCCUGCGGUUAAAUAGAUUCACUUUGUCAUAUGUAUUUGAUUGAUAGAUUUUCACAGUUGUUAAGAUGUGAAGUCGUGUUGCACUUUAUAAACACUUGAGAUAUGAAGUAUUUACUUCUGGAAGCAACUUAAACUACCUAUUAUGGUGGAUUUCCACUGCCGCGUAAUGUUUACGUGCGUACGUGCGUAAAAUUUACGUUCGCAAAUAAAAUAAAGGCAGUGUAUGAAAGGUCGCACGUAAGCAUAAAAGUAGAAACAACCUAUUCAAAGACUUCUUAUGAUUUAUUAUUAUUAUUAUUAUUGUUUUUAAUCCGACCGACUGACCCAAUCUCAGGAAACUCAUUCGACUCUAAACGGAAACAAGAACGCUCUUAGUAGCGUUGAGUCUUGCUUGCUUGGAGAUGAGUUUCGUUGUCAAAGGCCCCGGUGCUGUUAUACUACUUUUUCGUUUGGAAUACAAAACGAGUGUUGUAUGUCAUAAUGUAUACACUCAAAAAGUAAAAAUUGCAAGGAGAGACAGACCGCACAUCUUAGCCUUAAACCGGUGUGAAACCUUUGAAAACCUUCUACAUAUUGAUAUUGCUCCAUUGAGGAGUACUCUUUCAAGGAUUUUACACACGAAAAAUUGAACGAUGAUUUUUAUCGGUAUCAGGGGCCCAUGACUCUGUCAGUAUAAAUAUACAUAGCUUCUUUGUACCGGACCAAGAUACGGCUCGGUACAGAAUAUGUUCAGUACGAGAAAAAAGUGUAAGAUUAACAGAACCUUAUACAACACACAGUUAAUUCAGUUCGCGCGUAUUCCUACUGAAUUUGUUGUCCGUUUUAUAAGAUAUCAAUAUCGCAUGAAAGUAACGACAUUUUCCAUAGCUGCUUAGUAUCUACUUUUAAUAUCUCCGUACAGUCUCAGAGUACAAUGUUUAGAGUUGUACACAGCAUGCAUUUUAGAUAGAUAGAUAGAUAGAUAGAUAGAUAGAUAGAUAGAUAGGCAGAUAGACAGACAGACAAACAGAUUGAUUGAUUGAUUCACUUUUAUUUGAAUACGGUAGUUUCAUAAGUUACAUAACUUCUUUACAUGAAAGCCGUAUAGAAACAGAAGUAAAAACUGUACAACUACACUAAAAAUCUGUACAAAUAAUAAAAUAUAGUAAAAUGUAGUCAACAGUUUGCCUGCCUACUAGCCAGUUUUCUUUUAAAGAUAGCGUUAGAUUCGGACGCUUUUAUGUCAUUUGGUAGUAAAUUCCACAGCAUUCCUCCUCUGUAUGAGAAAGACCCUCCUUUAUAAUAUUCUGUUUUUGGAACGUGGUCCAGUACAACAUUAUAUUCCGUAUUUCUUAGCAUAGAGUUAUAAGGGUUGUUCUUACAGACAUUCGAGAAAAGAUCGCUUAAGUAACUAGGUACAUUUCCAUUCACUGUAUCAUACAUUAAUAGACUUGAGUGCCUUUGACGCCUUGAGGCAAGCUCUUCCCAGUUUAGUUGUUUUCAUGUUUGUCCUGAACGAAUGUCAUAACCUUGAAAGGUUAUUAUGCGUGCAGCACGAUUUUGUAAUUUCUGGAUCCUAGUGGCAAGUCCCUGGUCUAAAUUGUCCCAAACAACGUCGCAGUAGUCGAACACAGGCUGGAUAAGAGAUUUGUAAAUAGUACUUAGAACAUCUAAUGGUACAUAAUCACAUGCCUGUUUUAGACCACUGAUGGAUCGAUUGACUUUUGAACAAAGUUUGUCAACAUGCUCGUUCCAUUUAAGAUUUUCAUCUAAGUGAAUUCCUAAAUAGUUUGUUGUUCGGACUCGCUUAACAUGAUUGUUGCCAAUCGUAAUUGGAAAGUCUCUUUCUAAGUUAGAUAAUUUGAAGGUAGUUGUUAAGAACAUUUACUCCGUUUUAGUGACAUUUAAGCUUAAACUUAUUUGCAAGAAGCCCGUCCCUAACGAGAGUUAGGUCAUUAUUUACCGUGGCAUAUAGUUCAGCAGUGGAUACAGAGGACGCAUAUAUCGUGGUAUAAUCGGCAUACAUGUGUGCUUUGGUAUGGAGAAGACAUCCAGGGAGAUCAUUGAUAUAUAUUAAAAACAACAAAGGGCCUAAAAUUGAACCCUGUGAAACUCUACAACUUAUCAACUGGGGCUUAGAUACACAGCCCUCUACUACACACUGCUGUUAGACAAACAGACAGACAGACAGACAGACAGAUAGAUAGAUAGAUAGAUAGACAGAUAGAUAGAUAGAUAGAUAGAUAGAUAGAUAGAUAGAUAGAUAGAUAGAUAGGUAGGUAGAUAGGUGGGUAGGUAAGAACCUUAGUUUACGACACGAUAAAAAGGUCAGCAUUACUAGUUUUCUCUUGUAUUACAGUAUCACCGAGAUAAAGCGUUUCAUUUUCCUGGAAAAUUUCACUUUCUCGUCCAAACAAUCACUGACUCAGACAGACUCGGAUUAGUUUACUUGAAUUUAGUGUUAAGUACAGCGAACGGGGUUAUGUUCUGUAAAAUUUAUCUACAGUCUGCGGCCCACAUCACCACUGAUCCACGAUUUAUUUAUUUAUUUAUUUAACCGAUCCUCGAUCGCAGAUUUCUCGAUCCUCGAUCCUGAUUUUCCAGUAAACCUUGAAGUUUUGCUUAUUAAGAUUAUUCUUUUUUUUUCGACCACUGAAGUGAUCAGUUGUUCCAAAAUAAUCAAGGCUUUCAAGCCAUAGAAUUCUUGGACCAACCUGUUCCGGAAAAGCUCGAUAUGGGAUUUCUAUUAACUACGGACAUGAAGUGCUGCAAGUAGAGUGUGCGGUUACUCAAGUUCAAAGCUACCCGUAUAAACACAUCCGUGACACGUUAGGAUGGAUUUCCACUGAUGCGUUUAUGGCUCCGCACGUUAACGCACGUAAAUUUUAAUCACGUAAAUCAAAUGGAGGUAAGACAUAAAGUAUUGAGAUUAAACGUCAAAUUAAGCGAGUUCUACUUUUACGCUUACAUAAUUGUACGUGCGGCCUUUCAUACAUUGCCUUUAAUUUAUUUGCGAACGCAACGUUUUCGCACGUGCGCACGUAAAAAUUACGUGACAGUGGAUACUUCAUAUGUCAAGUAUUUAUGAAGUGCAACACGACUUCACAUCGUAACAAAUGCGAAAAUCUAUCAAUUAAAUACAUAAAACAAAGUGAAUCUAUUUAACCGUACAUUUCCUCUCAUUGCGACUAUAUUCUGAGAAACAUAACGCCUUAAAAAGCCACAAAAUCCUGAGGAUUUCCCCGCUAUAAUAUUUUCUCAUCUUGCUUGGGGAUAUUUCCUUUUUAAAGAGCCUGCAAAUCAAGGGCCUCCAUUCGAGGAAA